CGCUCGCGGCUCAAGGCAUUUCGACGACAGCUAGCGCCUAGCCCAGGGUACAUUUCCGGUCCUUGUCACUCUCGGCUCCUCGAUAACUGUUCCCAUUCUUUUCCGCUCGGCAUCCUUCGCAACUUUCAGCCACAUGGUACACAGCGGAAUCGGUUCCGUGAUAGAUAUUAUCAACUCGCAUUGGCAAGAAACGCGGCAUUCAACAGCUGUACAAACACGAGGCGGCUAUGUUCCUCGAUCCUGUCAUGACUCCAGCGGUCAAGGAAUGCGGUUCUUUCUGCUGCCCACUCUCUUUCCCACUUCCACCUUCCUUUCGCAAUGAGUUUCUUCCAAGAAGCCUGUCAGGUCUCGAUUGGACAGGGCACAUUUAGUGCGGUUACGGGAAACCAGAUAAAUAAUAUCUACAACCAGACUGUUGAGCGACAGGAGAGGAAACGUACGAUAUACGACGAGUUCCUUGAAAUCCGACGGGGAAGUAUCGUUAGGCUGCAGGACCUUGCUCGGAAAGAUUCCUUCACGUGCUGGAAUUCCACAUCACAAGAAUGCGAAAUUGAGUUUAGGGUCGAAAGAACAAUCAGCACUGCCAAGAUUCAUGGCGACAGCUCAUGUUUUACGGUGAUGUCGUAUAAGGGGCAGGAUGCACAAAAGGCAUGGAAAAAGGACUUUCGAGAGUUUUCUGAGACCACGAAUACGACAGCAAUGCAACUGUUUGGUAUUAACCGGUCGAGUGUGCCUCUGUUGAUAUUUCAUGGAGCGCUUGUGCCUCUCGCCCAUUUCUGGGAUAGGCUUGGAGACUUCGGGCGAGGGUAUGCCUAUACGUUCGCUUGGAUAUCAUAUUGUUUUCCAUCUGAGGUGUGGAUAGAUCCUGAGCACGGAACUUUGGUUCAUGGGGUGGAGGGGCCCAUUUCCAAUCUAUUUCAUUUUUACUUCCCUGCUGUAGAAACGAUGCCAUCAAAUGUCGAACUUCUUCUCCAGGAAGAUAUUUGCUUCCGCUACUUCUCUCGCUUCCCAUUGGUAAAGGAAUUCGACAGACGUGCCAUGGACAUACUGGACCUCUCGUGUGAGGUAGGACAAGAGAUAUCUCCAAUCAUGAAUCGACCCUAUGUCCUUUCUAGUAAGACAAAUUCCAUUGUCACAGUCGGACUCGGUGGAUCUUGGCAUGGAGAAGGGUGCCUCAACGACCGAGUCGUCAUGCCAGAUGGAAGAACAAGAUUCACUCUCACAGACACAGACUCGACUUUUGUUUUAUUGUUUGAUACGUUUGCCGAUCAGAAUACCUGGCACUCGCAGGCGUUGAGUGUCUUCCACAGGCUCGGAAUCUCGUUGGAUGAUGAUGAUUUGUCGACUUACAAGCUCAUCUCACCAUGCAUCAGAUUGAGAGGACUAACUGAAGACCUGCAGCGACACUCAGAAGGUCCACCCAUAUACAUGUUCCUCCAUCCGCUAGCCGGAGGUGAUUCACUCAUACCCACCCACACCUGGUCUUAUGACGAAAAUGGAGAAAUAUCCAUUCCACACCAUCAUGGCGAAUACCUUGGUCUACCCACCAAGCUUAGUGUGGAGCACUCCAAAGGCUACAAAUAUUGCUGGCCUAGCGAGACAUAUAAAGCCAACCGCAAAUGGCAGACUGCAAGAGGUUUCGAUCCAAUCACCACUGACUUCGCAUGUCAUCUCAAAUAUCCCAUAUGGGAAGUCAGGCUAUCAGAAUCAGGCCGGUUUGAAGAACUCGCAGACCCCUCCAAAGCAUUGACUUUUGCGGAAAGUCCACGCAAGGAUAUUGAAGGUCAAUCCGUGAUUGGUUCAUUUUGGUCAGGCCUCACCGCUCCGUUCACAUUCGCCGCCGACGAGGACUCAAAAAUUUCGGUAGUAUUGAUGUAGUCAGAACGAUGGAAGG